AUGGACAAAAAAGGAAACUUUGAGAGGUUAAGAAAUAAAUUGAAAGUCAAUUUAUUCAGGAAUGAGAAUUAAUAAUAAUAGAAUGAUUAAGAAAUUAUUAAUCAAUGCCCAUAAAUAUUGGAAUAUGUUCAUUCUUCAAGUUAAAGCGAAUUUAAAGAGAAUAACCCCAAAAUAAUUGAUUAUUUGUCAAACAAGAAACAAUUUGAAUAGAUGAAGCAAUCAUUCAAAAAUAUCUAUCAAAUUGGAAAAAUUCUGGGUGAAGGAGCUCAUGCAGUUGUACGUUAAUGUUGGCAAAUAACUAACCCAGACGAAACAUAUGCUGUCAAAAUUUCAAGAAAUGCAGAUCCAGAAAUAACUGAAAUUAUGAAAUAAACAUUCCUUAACACCGUGGCUUUAAAUCACCCAUAUAUUUGUAAAACCAAUAUGCUUUACAUUGACCCAAAUAUGGAAUGCUCUUAUCUAGUGAUGGAGUAUUUGCCAUAUCCAAGUCUCUAACAUAUAUUAAAGGAAAGACAGACUUUGGAUUUGAAUGAAGCCUGUUUAAUCGUGAGAUAAUUAUUUGAGGCUGUGUAAUACAUUCAUAAAGUUGGAUUAUGUCAUCGAGACAUCAAACCAGAUAACAUUGUUUUUGAUAAUGACACCAACACCAUUAAGUUAAUUGAUUUUGGUGUUUCAAAAAGAUUCCUUGUGGCAGAAAAGAAUUUCAAAGACAUCAAAAAUAACCUCAUGUGGACAGUAACUGGAACUAUGCCCUAUCAAGCUCCUGAAUUGUGGGUAGGUGCUGGCUAUUCCUAGAAGAUUGAUGUCUGGGCUAUUGGAGUUGUUUGUUAUCAAAUGCUAUGUGGCAAAUUACCUAUAGAUUAAGAAAAUCAAAUGGAAAGUUUUUCAACUUAAUCAGAAUACAUCAGCCAUUUUCAAUAACCGGAAUUUCUUAAAUUACCCCCUUUAGUCAUUGACUUUAUCAAAAGAAUAUUGAAGUGGAAUCCAGACCAAAGAUUGACUUCAGCUUGUAAUCAUAUUUUAUAAAAAAUUAGAGGCUUUACUUCAUCCCUGGCUUUAUCAACCUAAAAUUUUCUCUCAGGAUCAAAAAAUGAGAUCAUAAGAUGA